AAAUCUUCAAUUCUGAUACAGUAUUAGUGAUGGCUCAAUGUCAGACCGAUUGCAUUGAAAAACCGCUUUGUGUAGCAUUCAGGAAACUAGGAUAUUGUGUUGGUCAAAACCCCUGGCUGUUCUUGCUUAUACCUCUGCUUAUUUCUGGAGGAGUAGGAACAGGGUUUUGUUUCUUCAGUCAGAAUGAAAACAAUAACAUUGAGGAUCAGUUCACUCCUAUUAAAGGGGCUGCAAAAGCUGAGAGACAGUUCAUUAAAGAACAUUUUCCAACAAAUGAUUCUCAAUCCUUCUCUAGACAAAGACUUUAUGCAGAAGGGACAUUUGCUGCUUUUAUUGCAGUUUCAAAAGUUGGUAACGUCAUUACAAAAGCAGCAUUGAAAGAGAUUCUAUCACUUGAUAAAAAGGUCAAAGAAUUUAACUUUUAUAACAACGGCAGGACCUAUAAUUAUUCUAAUCUUUGUGCAAAAGUAGGAGAAACUUGUGUCUCAAGUGCACUUUUGGAUAUUUUGAAUUAUGAUCCUGGUGUGGUGGAGAGCAAGAAGAUGUACUACCCUAAAACAAAUCAGACAUUUAUAGGCACUGAAGUGGGUGGGAUUGUGUUAGAUGAAACUGGGACUUCCUUGAAAAAAGCUAAAGCUAUCCGGUUGCAUUAUCCUUUAAGAGAAGAUAAUGAAACAGACAAGAAACUCAGUUUACUUUGGAUCCAGAUGUUUCUUCAUGAAUUCCCAAUGGCACACACACAUUUAACACAUAUUGAGGUUUCACAUUUUACCUCUGUCUCAAGGCAAGAAGAAUUUGAAAAAAAUUCCAAAAGAAUUAUUCCUCUGUUUUCUGUCACAUAUUUACUUUCAGUAUCCUUUUCCAUCUUGUCUUGUAUGAGGCUUGACAAUGUGAGGAGUAAGUUCUGGGUUGCUGUUAUGGGAGUCAUAUCCGCUGGACUAGCUGUAUUAACUGGCUUUGGACUGCUGCUUUAUUGUGGAACAACGUUCGCCAUCAACACUGCCAGUGCACCCUUUUUGAUUCUAGGUAUUGGAGUAGAUGACAUGUUCAUUAUGCUUUCGAGCUGGCAAAAGACAAAAGUUAAAGAUAAAGUUGAAGAACGCUUGGCAGACACGUAUGCUGAAGCAGCUGUUUCCAUCACAAUCACCACAUUGACUGAUGUUUUAGCCUUUUAUAUUGGCAUCAUGACACCUUUUCGAUCUGUGCAAUCAUUUUGUGUUUACACUGGUACAACAGUUCUGUUCUGCUUUAUUUAUAACAUUACAUUUUUUGGAGCUGUUCUUGCACUGAAUGGGAGAAGGGAAGCCAGUAACAGGCACUGGCUGACAUUCAGAAAGGUUAACAAAGAUCCUAAACCAGGAGAAUCUACAAUGAGUGCCAUGUGUUGUGUAGGUGGGGCUUAUGAUCCGAAAACAGGUGCCGAAUCAGAACAUCCAGUCCACUACUUCUUUAAGGAAUAUUACGGUCCAUUCCUCACCAAUGGAUGGACCAAGACAGCUGUGGUUCUCCUGUAUUUGGGAUAUUUAGCUGGCAGUAUUUAUGGCUGUUUACAGAUCAAGGAGGGAAUUGAUCUCAGAAAUCUGGCCUUUGAUGAUUCAUAUGUGAUUCCGUUCUAUGAUGCGGAAAAAGAUUUUUUCUCAGAGUAUGGACCACGAGUCAUGGUCACUGUCACUGAAUCUGUAGAUUAUUGGAAUUCCACUGUUCAGGAUGAAAUAGAAGCUUGUAUGGAGAGACUAGAAAACAGCUCAUACGUAGACCGUGAGUUGUCAGAGUCUUGGCUUCGAGCACACAUGGACUUUUCUAAAAAAAUGUAUAUAGAUAUAAAAGAGAAAAGUACAUUCAUUGGAAACUUAACUAAAUUAUUUAAGUUUGUUCCUACUUUUCAACAAGACAUUGAGUUCUCACAAGAUAAAAUAAACAUUAGAGCAUCAAGAUUUUUCAUUCAAAUUGUGAAUGCCAGUGAUUCAUUAGAUCAGAAAAUGAUGCUGAUUGAAUUAAGAGAUUUGGCAGAGGAAUGCAGAAUCCCUUUACUCGUGUACCAUCCUGCUUUCAUCUACUUUGAUCAAUUUCUCGUGAUUGUGACUAACACAAUUCAGAAUAUAAUCAUAGCAACAAUUGCCAUGUUGAUUAUUUCUUUAUUAUUAAUACCUAAUCCUAUUUGUUCACUAUGGGUGACAUUUGCAAUUGUAUCAGUUUUGGUCGGUGUAUCUGGCUUUAUGGCUUUCUGGGGUGUAAACUUAGAUUCUAUAUCUAUGAUUGACCUGGUCAUCUGCAUUGGUUUCUCAGUCGACUUUACAGCUCAUAUUUCAUAUGCUUUUGUUUCAAAUAAUAGAGGAAGUGCCAAUGGACGAGCUAUUGAUGUGCUACACACUCUUGGCUACCCUGUAAUCCAAGGGGCUUGUUCAACAGUAUUGGGUGUUGUUAUAUUGUCCAUAGCAGCAAGUUACAUAUUCAGAACAUUUUUUAAGAUUAUGUUUCUUGUCAUAUUUUUUGGUGCAGUUCAUGGCAUUGUAUUUAUGCCAGUGUUUCUGACUUUUUAUCAAAUUUGUGGCAACUGCAAUAAUGAUAACUCAAAAGAAGUUAAAGAGAGUGAAAGGAGAAGCCAGGGCAGAAAUCUCCACACCUAUCAUUAUGUUCAUCAUUGUAAAGUAAAUCUAGACCCUUCUAAAGAAUUAACAGAAAUAUCAUAA